AUGUCGUACAAUCCUUAUAACCAGGGCCCCUCGGCCGAAGCUGGAUAUGGCGGUGGAUAUGGACAACCUGAACAACAUGAGAUGCAAUCAUAUGGACAGCAGUAUGGACAACCCUACGGUGGACAAUCUUACGGACAACAACCCUACGGCGCGCCACAACAGCAACCAUAUGACCCUCCUCAGCAACAGUACGGCUCAUCAGCUACCGUCCUCACCCAAAACCAAUUCCUCGAGCGCGUGUCGGCCAUUCGCCAGGAAAUUCAAGGCUUGACCCAGAUUAUCCGCAGAGUCGAAUCUCUUCACCAUGCUGCCUUGUCCAGCACCGACGGCCAUGCUCAGGCCGAGCUCGACGCCGAGGUCGCCAAAUCGCAACUCAAGAACACGGCCAUCAAGGACCAGAUCCAGUCUUUGAAGACGGAUACGGAGCGGACGACAGCCGAGCACGGCACCUUUUCCCUGAAGAAGCGCCAGUUCGACAGUCUCAACAAUGAUUUCAAGGACACCAUCCAAAAGUUCUUGCAGGAGGAGCAAGCCUACAGACAGCGCUGCCGCGAGCAGAUCAUGCGCCAGUACAGAAUCGUCAACGAGAACGCCACCGAAGCCGAGCUGCAGCAAGCCGCUGAUGCCAACUGGGGUGACGAGGGUAUCUUCCAGACUGCCCUCCGCUCCAACCGCUCUGGCCGCGCCUCGGAAGUUCUCGGCAAUGUCCGCGCUCGCCACAACGACAUGAUGAAGAUUGAACAGUCCAUCAACGACCUUGUCGACCUUCUCGACAUCCUCAACCAGCUGAUCGUCCAGCAGAGCGCCAUCAUCGAGGAUGUGGCUCAAAAGGCCGAGCAGACGACGGACCACCUCGGCAAUGCCAACACCCAGAUCCAGACUGCUGUCAAGAGCGCUCGCAACCGGAGAAAGCUCAAGUGGUGGUGCUUGGGUAUUACCAUCUUGAUCCUGAUCAUCAUCGCUGUGGGUGUUGGUGUCGGUGUUUCUGUUGUCCAAAAGAACAACCCUCCCGCUCAAUAA